CUAUUUCUAUCUAAUUGUUAAUCUAACCAAUUACAAAGUAUCCACGUGUGUAUAGUAAAACAAGAAAUGCUAGACUAACAACUAACUUAAACACAACAGUUCACUGAAGCAACACAGUUUAAUUUGCCCUGCUUCCUUCUUCUUUUUCCUCUUUCCUUUAUGUUGUUGAGCAGAGGUACUAACACCCAUUGUUGUAGAACAUCGGGUUCAUCACCAUGUUGGCUCAUUGUUACUCUCCCACAAACAGGCAACUACAAGUUCGACACUCCUGAUUUUGAUAACAAUAAAGAAAAGAGGCAUUUUAGUAUGCUUUAUAGUAUUGGUGCUAUAAAACGUUUACAUCCAUUACAAGUAAUGGGGCGAAAGGGUGUGGUUACUAAUGAACUGGUUUUGUUUUUAUGUUUUUGAACAAUAAAGGGGCGAAAGGGAGGUGGACUAUGUAGUGUGUCUAAAUUGAAGCCUAGUUUGUAUGUGGUCUCUCCAUUCGAACGGGCAAAUCCCAGAGCCAAGAAAGCACCACCUUUGUACCUUGCUCCUCCCUUUGUUGUUAAGACACGAUUGACUCCGGAGGCACUAAAGAUGAUUCAAUUUGCUUUUAGUAGUAAGCUUCCCGGAAGGUACCUCCCGAAAUCAUUACAAGUAAGAUUGGAUCAUAUUUGUAGGAUGUUUUUGUUAUUUGCCUUUAUUCUAAUGUUGUGGUGUUUGAACUUGGUCUUGUAUAACAAUGACUUGUUGGUUAGUCUUGAUGGCGGGGCUCUUCCCUUGCUUCGUGAAGAUUUGGUCCAGCAUUUGCCCAAGACCAAAAUUACAACAAGGGUGAGUUCCUUUAUGUGUGUAAUUUAGUACAUUGAACUUGUAUUGCUGACUUUGGUAUAUGUGAUGAUGAUGCAUUAGAUUAUAAAAAUGGUGUGUCUGUGCAAGACACUAGAAGAACGAAGUUGUGGUCGCAGUGGUGGCUUGUCUUGGUUCUUUCCACCUUCAGUUGCGGUACAGUUGUCUGCUUUGUCUAUUCUUGGCAUGAAAUUAAUCUAUUUGUUCGUUACAUGUAGCUGGUGUGGGUAACUGCGUUUUCUUUUUCUAGGAUCGUGCGUAUUAUUGCAAUGAGGAGCAAUUUAUGGGUGUCAUGGGUUCAUAUAAGAUACUUGAGCGAUACUGUAUAAAUGAGCUAUUUUAAUACAGUAAGGUAUGUUGUAACAUUGUUUUCUAAAAGGAAAUGGCUUAACCCUCCUAUGAUAAAUUGAUAAUUAUUGUUUGUUUGUGCAUUAUUUCAGAUUUAUGUCCCAAUUUGCAACCUCGUGGUGACCCGCUUCUAUUUGGCAGUCUUCAACUUGGAAACCAAAGAAAUUGAAAUCUGAGACUCAAUACCAGGAACUCACAACGAAGAAUAUGAUGCAAGGAUGCAGAAACUGGUUUGCUUCUUGUCUUGUUCUUCAAGUUUUCAAACUUGACUUAUUGCUUAGUUGUUAGUUGUUUUUCAUUUGCCGACUUUGUCGUUAAAUAUCGAUGAAGGGAUGUUUUCAUAUGCAGAAAUUGGGUCUAGACUUGUUGCUUAAGGAGGAGAUCUGCGGAGCGUUUUCAUUUGUGGACUUUGUGGUUAGUUAUCGCCAGGAUAUUGCCUACCAACCAAAUGGGCAUCCUUUGUUGUUCAAUUGUGCACUAUUCCAAUUAAGUUUGGUAAUUAUUUGUUCGCAUCAUGACCAUGGUAAUUAUUUGCUAUAUUACCGAUUUGAUUGUGGACUAUUUGUCGUCAAUUACUUGCUGGAUCCAGAUCAAUAUUCCAAGAAGCCUGACUAGUUUGACAGUGAAUAUGAACGGGCACAACUUACUAUGUACUUGCUCACUACGCAUCUGAAUGAGGUGCAAGUUAUAGUUAAGGCACCAUCAGAUGAAUAUUUUGAGACUCAUACGAGAACUGCCCAAAUUGAGACUGAGAAGGUGAAUUUCAAGAUGAACUUACUUAAUUGAGGAAGAAAGCCGUUACACACGCAUGGGGAGAAAAUGGGUAGAAAAUCCAAGAACUAUUGAGAGUUGUGUAGAAGUUAAUGUAGAGUUUAGUUAAUGUGGAUGUUGAAUCAAGUUUAUGAAAAUGUAGAUGUUAGUUAAUGUGGAUGUAGGUAAUGUGGAUGUUGAAUGUAAUGUAGGGUAAUGUGGAUGUUGAAUGAAGCCAGUUCUGCUUUUGUGUUAGUGAAUGUAGAUGUUGAAUGAUAUUUAGGAAAAUGUAGAAAGUACAAUGAAGUUAUGAAUGAAGAAAUAUCCAGUGUUGAUCUAUUUUCUUGGUAUUUUUGUUAAUGCGUCGACAGUGAAUAAUUUAUGAAUGAUCUUAUAUAAAAAAAAUGGUGUAAAAUUCAAGAAAUUGUUCCCCCAACACUCCUAGAGUUCUCACGCCCUGUGUUGAAUUUUAUCACGACCGUGAGAUAUGACUGUGAAUAGAAUGAAUUGAUCACCAGCAUUUGAGGAAUUCUCACAGCCUACUUAGGGUUAUCCUACGCCCGUGAGAUAUGAUCGGGGAAAAAAAAUAUUGCAUCCUUGUCUGUAGGAGUUCUCACAGCCUGUCUCGGGUUAUCCGACGCCCGUGAGAUGUGUCCGGGAAAGAAUAAACUGGCCCCCUUGUCCCCAGGCGUUCUCACGAACUACAUAUUCAGAUUUCCCGCCCGUGAGAUUAGGUCAUGAAUUAGUUGUAGGAAAAAACUAUUGUAAGGAUCGAACCCGCGCCAAUUUAUUGGGUACAUUUAUAGUCAGUUUAGCUAUAUAAAUCAAUUAAUGAUUUAGCUUUAUGGUUAUGGGUUGAACAUAUGUAAUUGUCAAUUGACAUGAAAUUAGUUUACGGUAUAUGGCUGAGUGGGCUUUUGAUUUAUGGUUUUGGAUGUAACACAUCUAAUUGUUAACCGAUGUGGGGUUGGUUUACGUGUAUGGCAGAUUACGGUUUUGGGUUCAACCGUUGUGAGAUUGGUUCUAAUUGUCAACCACCGAUGUGAAAUUGGUUUAGGGUGUAUGGUUGAGCGACCGUUUGAUUACGGUAUUGGGUUGAAUCCAUCUAAUUGUCAACUGAUGUGAGAUUGAUUUUAGGAUAUAUGGCUGAGUGACAGUUUGAUUUUUUUUUGGGUUUAUCCCAUGUAAUUGUGAACCAACGUGGGAUUGGCUUUACGGCAUAUGGUUGAUUGAGCGUCUGAUUACGAGUUUGGGUUUAACCCAUCUACUUGUUAACCGAUGUGCGAUUGGUUCAGGAUAUAUGGUUGAGUGAGUGUUUGAUUAUGGUUUUGGGUUGAACCCAUCUAAUUGUAAACCGAUGUGAGAUUGAGGUUAGGGUAUAUGGUUUUGUGAGUGUUUGAUUAUGGUUUUGGGUUGAACCCAUCUAAUUUUAAACCGAUGUGAGAUUGGUUUAGGGUAUAUGGUUGAGUGAGCGUUUGAUUAUGGUUUUGGGUUUAACCCUUCUAAUUGUAAACCGAUGUGGGAUUGAUUUACGAUAUAUGGUUGACUGAGCGUUUGACUAUGGUUUUGGGUUUAACCCAUCUAAUUGUAAGCCAAUGUGGUUUUGGUUGAGGGUAUAUGUUUUUGUGUGUGGUUGAUUAUGGUUUUGGGUUGAACCCAUCUAAUUGUAAACUAAUGUGAGAUUGGUUUAGGAUAUAUGGUUGACUGAGCGUUUGAUUACGGUUUUGGGUUUAACCCAUCUAAUUGUAAACCGAUGUGAGAAUGGUUUGGGGUAUAUGGUUGAGUGAGCAUUUGAUUACGCUUUUGGGUUUAUUCCAUCUAAUUUUAUAUCGAUGUGAGAUUCGUUAAGGGUAUAUGGUUGAUUGAGCGUUUGAUUACGGUUUUGGGUAUAACCCAUCUAAUUGUAAACUAAUGUGAAAUUAAGGUUAGGGUAUAUGGUUGAGUGAGAUUUUGACUAUGGUUUUGGGUUUAACCCAUCUAAUUGUAGACCAAUGUGAGAUUGGUUUAGGGUAUAUGGCUGGUGAGCGUUAGAUUAUGGUUUUGGGUUUAACCCUUCUAAUUGUAAACAGAUGUGGGAUUGAUUUACGAUAUAUGGUUGACUGAGCGUUUGACUGUGGUUUUGGGUUUAACCCAUAUAAUUGUAAACCGAUGUGGGACUGAUUUACGAUAUAUGGUUGAGUGAGCGUUUGACUAAGGUUUUGGGUUUAACCCUUCUAAUUGUAAACUAAUGUGGGAGUGAUUUACGAUAUAUGGUUGAGUAAGUGUUUGACUAAGGUUUUGGGUUUAACCCAUCCAAUUGUAAACCGAUAUGGGAUUGAUUUACGAUAUACGGUUGACUGAGCAUUGGACUAUGGUUUUGGGUUUAACUCAUCUAAUUGUAAACCGAUGGUUUUUUGGUUUGGUUUAAUUUUUAACCAAGAUAAUGAAGAAAUUCCUAGAUCCUAAACCCUCACCGUCGUAAGUCGUAACAGUGCUGCCAUUUCUUCCUUCUCGUUAUUCUUUGGCGCUAGUGGACUGAUCCUCGGCUCCUCCCUCUCGGCUUCUUCCUUCCUGCUUCCCUCUCUCCAUACUACCUCCAUUCUUCCAUACGUAGGUGGCCAAUUCUUGUUUCCCAGCCUCUGCAGGUCACCCGACCGAUUUCAUUUCCCAGCCUCGAUUCUUAAUUGUCGUCCUUUGUCGGCUCAAUUUCGCUUCCCAGCUUUCGCCGGUCAAUUCCUCGUCUCGACCUUCUCCUAUCUGAGUCGCUGCUCCUAAUACGCUAUCACCCUCUGCCAGUCAAUUCCUCGUAUCGGCCUUCUCCUACUGAGUCGCUGGUUCUAAUCCUGAAUCCAGGUUGGUACCCUUCUUUCCCUCCUACUGGGUUUCAUUUGGGGUUUUAUCAUUCCCUUGAUUAUUGUUUUGGGUUUCCUUUGCGAUUGAGUGGGUAUGUUCUGAACUGGGUAUUGAGCACCCUAAAUUGAGCACCCUGAACUGGGUAUAUGGUGCUUGUAUGUUUCUGUACUCUAGCAUGAAAGAUGCAACAGAGUUUUCCAAUCUACUCUCAGAAGUACAGCGGAGGUGGUUAUUGUUGGCUCGAGCUUUUCUAGUAAUGAGUAUGAGGGUUGAGACUUGUUUAUUGUUUAGUACUGUGUAGAGGAUAUUGCAACAUUAAGACUUGUGAAAGUGGAACGAGUUUGUUUGUACAAGCUACAGGUGGAUAAACUGGCAGCUUUGUUUAGGAAAGUUGGGUAUGAAGGUAGCUAAAGAGACCACUCAAGCAUAGAAAUAAAAUUCUGGAACCAAUCUUGUGAGCAUUGAAUAAUCCCAGGACUUGGAUUAACAAUAGAUUACAAUUUCUGAGUUUUACACUAAUGCCUUUUACAGUAAUGGCUUUAACACUAAUGACUUGAGGGACUUUUACACUAAUGACUAUUACACUAAUUAUGGAAUCCAAGAAAUGUGAUGAAAGUCAAGCUGUAGUGAUUCUGGAAUUCAAGAGUAGCUUCCAUAGAGGGUAAUGAAAUCGAGUUUACUUUUGGUUUCUGUGACUGGCACCAUGAAUGGUAUAAUACUAGUUUCAUUGAUUUUUACCUCGUCUCUUGGUAAAUGAACUAGGCACCUAUGCGGUUAUAUGCAUAUGCCUCUAAUCUAGCAUGACAUCUUUUCGUUGCUUGUUAAUUGAUUACUGUACUGUUGGAUUCGGUGGGUUGUGGGUGGUGAAUAUAUGGAUUUUAAUUAUCUUUAAACUUCAUUUUGUUGGUUGUUUUCAGUUUAUCAACUAUGGAAGGGUUGAUGGAUGAUAUGAGCACAGGCAAAGGACACGGGAAUUGACUUGAAUGUUGGUUUAGAUUGGGGAAUGGAUUAUAGAGAUGAUACCGGUGGUGUUAGAGAUAGUGACGUUAUGGACGACAAUGUCGACACCAGCUAUAGUGAUUCUGAGGAUGAUAAUAACACUAACAUUGGUGAUGAUGAUAAGGAGAACAUCUCAGAUGAGAAUUUGCACAGCUUCAAAACACAUCCACACAGCUCAGAUGCACCUCUACACAAAGAUGCUCCAAAUCCAGCCAAGGCUCCACCAUCCUCGAGUAUGUAUGACUGGACCCUGCUUGAUAAAGUCGGAAAUGGGAAGCCAUAUGCUAAAUGGGAAUCGGAUGAUGUUGUUGGUUAUGAGUUUGAAACCCUUGUGGAGGCUGACAAGUUCUAUUCAACUUAUGGUUCUGCCAUGGGAUUCAGUGUAUAUAGAACACUCACACAUAUUCAAAAUAUGGAGUUAAAAAUAUGCAGCUAUGGGUUUGCUCACGCGAGGGGGAGUGUCAUCCAAUGCUCACGCGGCUGUUUUCAAAGUGAGUUUUGUUGAGGCAACUAACCGAUUCAAGGUGAAGCAGUUUGUACCAACACAUUUUCAUCACUUAGCUGGAGCACAUGAAGUGCAGUUUUUGAGUUCUCAUCGCAAGGUAGAUGAUGCAAGUAAGGCUCAGAUUCGAUCACUUAGGGUUGCUGGUGUUCGCACCAAUCAAAUCAUGGAUUAUCUAGUGAAUGGUGCAGGAAGCUUUCAGAACUUGGGUUUCACUAAGACCGAUGUCUACAAUUUUGUUGCUGCGCAUCAGAGUUCAGAGAUAUUGGAUAGUGAUAGUGAGUUACACUUGCCUACUUAUAAGCACGGGCAACUACCGAUCCUCGUUUUUAUUGUAGAUAAACAGUAAGUUAUGGU